AAAGUCGCGACAACUCCAAGCACAUGCCCACCCUCUAGUUGCGCCUUGCCCCCCUACUCCAAUCAUGGCAAGUCCCCAGGUGCACAACGGCACUGCCAAUGGCCCAGUCACCAAACGCCAAAAAACACAGAGCAAUGGCGAAAGGAGCUCUGCGCAGCUUGUCCGCCAGUCCAAGAUAUUCGCGCCUUUUAGGACAGUAGGCCUUGUAUCUCCUACAGCUGUUCCCUUCACUGCGCUUCCACUCGGCAAGACUACUUUCCAGAUCACAACCUCCGUCGGCCGCUCCCUCCAGACAUAUGACCUCAAGCGCGGACUUAACCUUGUCUUCAUUACCCGACCCCAGACGCCCGAGGAUAUCUCUGCGACACUAGCAUGGAAAAAAGUCGUCUUUGCCGCCUGGUCAGGACCGAAGAAGAAUUCUGAACGCGGCGUAUGGAUCUUCCAGCGUGGAAAAAAGGUCGCCGAGCUCGAGCUACCUCGUGGCGGCAUCGAGCGCAUCGGAAGACUGGUGGUCCUUGGAGAAUGGAUUGUAGGAUGCGGCGAUACCAAGAUUGAAGUCUGGCGAACUAGCUCUCUAGAGCACUACACUACUCUCCAAGGAGUUUCCUCCAGCCCACUCUCUGGCUGCAUCUGCAACAUGCCAACAUACCUCAACAAAAUCUUUGUCGGCCGCAAAGACGGAUCAGUUGAGAUAUGGAACAUCAGUACCGGAAAACUAUUGUACACGCUCCUCCCGCCCGCUGCUGACUUUGGCUCUGUGACCGCACUGCAGCCAACACCCGCCUUGUCGCUCCUCGCCAUCGCAUACGAGUCCGGCCCAAUCACAAUACAUGAUAUUCGCACAGACAAGGAGAUCAUGCGCCUAAAUACCGGCGGCUCGCAGAAGCACCCAGUGACGUCCAUCUCCUUCAGAAGUGAUGGACUAGGUGCUGGUGAUGAUGGUCGUGAAGACGGUGUCAUGGCGACGGCUAGCAGUGACAGUGGAGACAUUACCUUUUGGGACCUGAACAAGGGUGGUCGCAAAAUGGGUACCCUGCGAGGCGCACACGGCCCACCUCCAUCUGCGAGUGGUGGAGUUGGGGGUGGCAUCAGCAAGAUUGAAUUUCUCGUUGGCCAGGCAGUAAUUGUAUCAAGUGGCUUGGACAACUCGCUGAAGAGCUGGAUCUUUGACGAGACGCCCUUCUCACCCGUCCCGCGCAUCCUGCACUCUCGUGGUGGGCAUGCUGCACCAGUUUCGACUCUCCGUUUCCUCCCCUCCAACUCAGACGGUUCAGAUGAUAUUGGUAAGUGGCUCCUUAGCGCAAGCAAAGAUCGCAGUCUCUGGGGUUGGAGUCUGCGAAGAGAUGGACAAAGUACAGAGCUCAGCCAGGGUGCUGUUCAGAAAAAGGCAAAGAAGAUGGGCUUGCUGAAUGGAAGUGCUGAGACAUCAAAGCACCACACCAAGUUGGAGGAUCUGAAGGCCCCCGCAAUUACUUGUGUGGCCUGCUCCCUCAACCGCGAUGGUGGCAUGGGUGCCAUGCCAGGUGUAGUUGGCAUCUGGAACAACUCGUCAAAAGUGAAGGGCAAAGACAAGAAAGCUCCUGAGGUCAACAUGACUGGAUGGGAGAGCAUCGUUACCGGACACGAGGGCGACAAGACUGCAAGGACAUGGUUCUGGGGUCGCAAGCGAGCAGGAAGGUGGGCGUUUGAUACUGGCGACGGAACCGAAGUUAAGAGUGUCGCAAUCUCAUCUUGUGGCACAUUUGCUGUGAUUGGCUCCGCCGGUGGUUCCAUCGACAUGUACAACUUGCAGUCUGGCAAAUUCCGGCGAAAGUUUCCCGCUCGACUUACUUCAGUCGAGGCGAAGAAGUACAAGCUGCUGCAACUGGAGGCUGAAGAGGCUCUCGGUAGCGGAGAAGAUUCCCCGCGCAAAUUUGUCAAAGGAGAAGGAAAGCACAAAGGAGCCAUCACUGGCCUUGCCGUAGAUGCUCUGAACCGUACGCUUAUAAGUUGUUCGGACGAUGGCAAAGUCAAGUUUUGGGACUUUGCUACGGGCAUCCUGCUCCAUGAGAUUGAUUGGUAUCCUAUGACGAAGAUAUUCGGUAUGCGCUAUCACCGCAACAGUGACCUAAUAGCAUUGAGCUGUGAUGACGGCUCUAUCCGUGUUGUCGACAUUACUACCAAGAAGCUCAUUCGAGAGCUCUGGGCUUCUCGCUCCCAGACCGGAUUGCAAACACUCGACUACACUUUCUCGAGUGAUGGCCGAUGGAUCAUCUCUGCAGCUUCCGACUCCACUGUCAGGGUCUGGGAUCUGCCAACUGGCCAUAUGAUUGACGCAAUGAAGCUUCCUAGGAAGUGCAACACCGUGGCUUUCUCGCCUUCCGGUGAGUUCCUUGCCACGGGUCUAGAUGGUGAGGUCGGCGUGCACAUCUGGACCAACCGAACGCUCUUCACGCAUGUUUCGACGCGCCAGAUUACUGAGGACGACAUCGUCUCAGUCAGUGCACCCACAGCAUCUGGUGAAGGAGGUGUUGCCGUUGUGGAAGCUGCAGCCGAAGAGCAGGCAGGAGACGAGGACGAAGAUGAAAUUACCGUCCCCAUCAUGGAUCAACUCAGCGACAACAUCACGACUCUCAGUCUAGUCCCCAAAUCGCGUUGGCAAACCCUCCUCCACCUCGACGUCAUCCGCGCCCGCAACAAACCCAAAGAAGCACCCAAAGCGCCCGAAAAAGCACCAUUCUUCCUACCUUCUGUUGGCCAGAACCAGAUCCAGGGCGUAGAUGACAACAACAGCAAUGCCCUUGCCGCAUCCACCGAAUCCCAAGACACCAAAUCUCGCAUCUCCAGCUCAGCCCUCGCAUCCCGCUCCAGUGCUGCCACCGCCACCGACACAUUCAGCAGGCACCUCGCCCACGCCACCGAAACAGGCGACUACAUCCCUCUCCUAUCCCAAUUAUCCUCUCUCCCUCCUUCCGCCGCCGAUAUCGCCAUCCGCACCCUCGACACAACGGAGCCGUACACGGAACUCCGCACUUUUAUCAAGGCGCUCACUGCGCGACUGGCGCAGCGCCGCGAUUACGAGCUUGUGCAGGCUUGGAUGAGCGUUUUCCUGAGGUUACAUGGUGAUGUUGUGGUGUUGGAUGAGGAGGCAGUGGGAUUGCUGAGGAAGUGGCAGGAAGAGGCGAAGGGCGAAAGGGAAAGAGUAGGCGGGUUGGUCGGUUACAGUGUUGGUGUUGUGGGGUGGGUGAGGAGCGCGAGGUAGAGGCUAGAAUGGGGCGUGGUUGGUGAGAGGUUAGCCCGGUUUGAUCUGUGGGAAAUGAAAAAUGUUGGUGUUUAUUAUGGUCGUCUGGUAUGUUGAGAGGCAAGUAGCUUAGGUAAUCAAGCUAAGAUGAUCAACCGUUGUUUCUCUGCA